UCUUCUACUACUCCACCUUCUUCGCUCAAUCCAGACCCAUUAAACCCGGCUCCCGUCUCUUUCUUUCAAAAUCAUAAUACCAAUCGCAUGCUUUAGAACCAAUCCGAUCGCGGAAGACACCAAAAAUGGCUGCCCAAUUCAUGGUACUGUUCGUGCUCUGUUUCUAUGUGGUGGCCGCCGAUGAGUUGUCCAUAUACGAAGCGCUCCGAUCGAACGGCCUGCCGAUGGGAUUACUGCCCAAGGGCGCGAAGGACUUCCGGCUGGACGCCGGCGGCCGCUUCGAAGUCCAUCUCGACCGCGAAUGCAACGCCAAGUUCGAGAGCGAGCUCCACUACGACCGCAACGUCUCCGGCACCCUCUCCUACGGCCAGAUCGCCGGCCUUUCCGGCAUCUCCGCCCAGGAUUUGUUCCUCUGGUUCCCGGUCAAGGAGAUUCGGGUCGAUAUCCCCACCUCGGGGUUAAUCUACUUCGACGUCGGCGUUGUUCACAAGGAAUUCUCGCUCUCUUCGUUCGAAACCCCGAGGGAUUGUGUGGCUGCGCAGAAGGCUGAUUUCGCCGGAAAAACUGUUUUGUCUAGGGUUGCCGGAGAUUCUCCACUUCUAUUUCCUACGCGAUCGAUCGAAUUCUCUGUUUUCAGAUUGUAAUUAAUCGUGUAUUUAGAUGAUUUAAUUCAUUUUGGCAUCUGAAUCGCUUAGUGGGGAUUUCCAUUCCCUGAUUGUACAUUUCUUCGGGUUCCCGUAAAAUUCCUCCAAAAUUUCAUUGAA